AUGGCCGAGUUCCCAACGAAGAAGUGCGGCGUCCUUGGAUGUACAGGCUCCGUCGGACAGCGUUUCAUUCUGCUGCUCAGCCAGCUGUCCCACCUCCAGCUCGUCGCUGUUGGCGCCUCUUCGCGCUCCGCCGGCAAGAAGUACCGCGACGCCGCGAAAUGGAAGCAGGCCACCCCCAUGGGCGCCGUUGGCGACCUCGUCGUGCGCGAGUGCAAGGCCUCUGAGUUUGCCGACUGCGACGUCGUCUUCAGCGGUCUCGACUCGGAUGUCGCUGGCGACAUUGAGACCGAGUUCCUCAAGGCCAACAUUCCCGUCUUCUCCAACGCCAAGAACCACCGCCGCGAUCCCAUCGUACCCCUCGUCGUGCCGACCGUCAACCUCGCCCACCUUGACCUCAUCCCCCACCAGCGCAAACACCACGGCCUCGAAAAGGGCUUCCUCGUCUGCAACUCCAACUGUGCCGUCAUCGGCCUGGUCAUCCCCUUCGCCGCCCUGCAGGCCCGCUUCGGCCCCGUCGACCAGGUCUCCGUCGUGACCCUCCAAGCCGUCUCCGGCGCCGGCUACCCGGGCGUGUCCUCGCUCGACAUUCUCGACAACGUCGUCCCCUACAUCCCCGUCACCGUCCUUCGACGGGCCACACCGGCCUGCGUCUCCCUGCGCUUCGCCCCGCCGCCCCGCCCUCCCUCCGCCGACGAGGUCAAGGACCCCCUGCGCUCCUACGUCAGCGAGGCCCAGACCCUCGGCUGCCCCAGCGCCCCGCAGCCCGCCAUCGAGGUCUUUGACGCCCCCGACAGGCCGCAGCCCCGCCUCGACCGCGAGCUCGGCAAGGGCUACACCGUCAGCGUCGGCCGCGUACGCGAGGACGAGAGCGGCAUCUUUGACGUCAAGUUUGUUGCCCUGAGCCACAACACCGUCAUUGGCGCGGCCGGCUCCAGCAUCCUCAACGCCGAGGCCGCUGUGCUCAAGGGUUACAUCUGA